AUGGGCGCAACAAUGGGAUCUGUGCAAUUGGGCGCAACCCAUGGGCGCCAGAGGCAAAGUGGGCCGAUCCGUCCUCUAUGGGGCUCUGUUCCGGAAGCUCUCUUGGAUUUAAGACAUGCAGAGCUUAACAAGGUCGAGCAGUCGAUUGGGGCAUGCAAAAUCCAGUAUGACACGCUGAAACGCAAAAUCAUUAAAUGCCAAGAACUCUGGGAGUUUGAGAAACAUAUGGGCGGGGCGGUUACACUUUCAAUGGAGGAUGCGAUGCAUAGACUCGACUAUUUGAACUUGCAAAUAGUCGAAGCAGCUUCCGCAAUGGUUUCAACGAUGGCAUGCUACAAGGAUAGGCAAAGAUAUUUGGGCCAAGAUUUAAUGGCGACUGUCGACAAAGCGAAAAAGAUCGUCGGGAACACUUUUUUGUCUUUAGAGGGUGCAGAUUACACAACGGCUAUCGCGCAGAUCGUCCUCCAAACGGCCAUGGUGACAUGGUCUGCAACCCUUAUACUGGCAUGGAGGCCUGGAGACGAGUUGGCUAAUAAUGCACUACAGCACACCUAUGACAUGAUCUGGAAUCAUUGGGUCGCCGGAAAAUGGCGCUCCUUAGCUCGCGCACAACCCAUAUCCAUGAGACGCGAAGACUUGUUGAAGGAUGUUGUUCUGAAAAUUCAGAGUAUAUUUCGAGCUUCGGGCUGGUGGAAUUUGGGUUGCGAGGAAAGGCCAGGGCUGGAGUUCUGGCUCACUCAGGUCCUUGACGCCGCUCUGGCAAUGAGACGAGCAACCGGGGUGUAUGCCGCCACCAUUGAUUUAGACGUCACCGUCAUCAGCCCCGGAGCGAUUUUUCAUCCAUCAAGCAUGGAAAAUAUCUUGGGAGAUGGUCCUACGUCUUUAGGACAGAAUGAAUACGUGGUUGGUACUACGGCCCUUGGCCUUCAGAAGCGAGCCACUAUGACUUCGAUGAGGAAAGGGUUUGGCAACGUCAAAUUUUUGAAAAAGCCACAGGUGGUCCUUGACUCGGCUUUUCGAAAAAACGGGUUUAAAGGCAUAUCCCUGCUUCCGAUUCCACCAGAGGUAUUGAGGCUCAGCGGCAUGUUGAAGGAAAGUCCGGAUAGAUCGCGUGUGGUGCCAUUGGUUUCAGGUUCACGCAUUGGCGUGCCUCCAAAAAGAAAUAACUGGACAUAA